CACUAAAACUGCAGUACCUACUACAGCUCCUACUACAACUGUAGCCCCUACUACAGCAACACCUGCAACAACAACUGCAGCUCCUACGACAACUGCAGCUCCUACGACAACAACUGUAUCUCUUUUUACCACUAAAACUGCAGUACCUACUACACCUCCUACUACAACUGUAGCCCCUACUACAGCCACAACAGCAACACCAUCGAAAGCCAUUGCAGCUCUUACUACAACAGCUGUAUAUACCACAACAAAUACAACUGGAGCACCUGCUACAGAAACUACAAUUGCACCAACUACGACAACUACAACCUCUCCUACUAUCAACAGCAUCAUAGAAGCUCCUACUUCCACAACCAUAACUGAAGCUUCUAUAACCACCACAACUGUAUCUUCUACUAUGACAACCACAACUUCAGCUGCCAUAAUGAACACUACAUAUGCAGCUCCAACAAUGGCAACUCCAGCUCUUACAACCACCACCACCACCGUAGCUUCUAGCAUGGCAAUUCAACCUGCAGGUCCUACAACAAUGACCACAACUGUUUCUCCAACAAUGACUACAACACCUACAAGUACAACCACAAUUGUACUUCCAACUUUUACCUCAACUUCUAUGGCUUCAGUGACAUCAACAACCAGAUUUGGCACAGUGAUGGUUUUUGUUAGGCUGGUGUUCCAGCUCAACACACCAGUCCCCACUGAGGAGGAUGUCCUUGGUGUCAUCAACAAGCAACUGUCUCGCCAAUUGAACAUUCAGAGAAACACUCAAACCACCUUCCAGAAUGCAACUUAUAUCAAACUUACACAUACUUCAUUUGCCAUCGAUCUUGGUUUCAAAAUAACCAAUGUCACCAUGGAUUCUCGAAGAGAUAGACUCACAUUCACCAGUGAGACCUACAACAAGAUACAGGAUUCAAUUAACAGCCUACUCAAUGAUAUUCUUAGUAAACCAGAUGGCAAACAAUUUGUCUUUCCCAAUGCCAACUUUACUAUUGUUGGCACUCAAAUCAGGGCAGACAUGAUGUAUGUAUACAAAGAGGAAGACAUCAAUUUCCCUAGUGCUUUUCUAGAGGAAGUCUUAAAAGUCUCAGGUCUCCUAACAACCACGGUUACCCCAACAACUACCAGCACCACACCACUUCCUACCCUUUUGCUGACCACUACUUUCAAUACCACAAGUGAUGGAGGUUUUCCUGGCUGGGCUCUGGCCAUUAUCAUCCCUUGUGGCAUCGCUAUCAUUCUGGUACCCCUGUGGAUCCUGCUAUGUUGCUUGCUAUGUGGCUGUUGUGCAGCUGUAAGGAGACGCUGGCACAGACGUAGAUCUUACAAUGUACAGUACACCACCAGAAACGGAUUCCUGUGAGGUGACUUCGCUAACAUCUGUGGGCAACUGUCAUCACAAGAACAACCAAUCAUCUAUAUCUGCUAAUCACGGGACUUUAAUGCAUGGAAAAUCCCUUGUUACUACAUACAAUUGCAUCUGAACAGCGGGGAGUUGCAUAUAUUUUUAUCAUAAAAAGAAAAUUGAUAAUGGGGUUAAUAGGCCACAUGUUUUUUGCGAAAUGUACUACUUCUUAUAUUAUACAUAUGAUUGUUAAUCAAAGUUACAGCUGAGCUGAACAAAGUAUGUUUAUAUAUUUAUAAGUUAUGUCAUUUGUGGUUUCAAGCUGUGCUGUCCACUGACUAAAACAGUUAUUAUUUAUUUAUUUCAUGUGUAAUAUACUAGAUUACAUUAUUUCUUCUUGAGUUUGUUAUUAUCUCUCUUGAUUAACUAUGAACAAAUGUAUUUUAGACUGCAAUACAGUUCUUGUUUCUUCAACUUACAGUUUGACAAAUGUAAUAAAAAGUCUUCACAAACCAG